GCCCCCUCCCUGCCAGCCGUGACCUUGGCAUCCGCCGGCCCUGGGGACAGCCGCCGUGGGAUGCGUUAGGCGGCGGAUCGCACGGGAAUAUUCCUCCCGGCAGAAGGACAGCGGCAGCCUCCUCCCGCGGCAGGAAAAGCGGAUUUAAAGAGCAUCUUUGCCCCUUUGUUGGAUGAGAAGGACGGGGAAGGAGCGGCAGGAUGAGCACUAGCACAGUUCCCUAUCAGCAAAACCCCUACACCCCUGGGAGCAGCUCCUCUGCCAUCCAGUGCUAUCGCUGCGGGGACACCUGCAAGGGCGAGGUCGUGCGUGUGCAGAGCAACCACUUCCACAUCCGCUGCUUCACCUGCCAAGUGUGCGGCUGCGACCUGGCCCAGUCGGGCUUCUUCUUCAAGAACCAGGAGUACAUCUGCACCCACGACUACCAGCAGCUCUACGGGACCCGCUGUGACAGCUGUGGGGACUUCAUCACCGGCGAGGUCAUCUCUGCCCUGGGCAGGACCUACCACCCCAAGUGCUUCGUCUGCAGCACCUGCAGGAAGCCGUUCCCCAUCGGAGACAAGGUGACGUUCAGCGGCAAGGACUGCGUCUGCCAAAACUGCUCCCACUCCCUCCUCAGCACCAAGCCCAUCAAGAUCCACGGGCCCAGCCACUGCGCCGGCUGCAAGGAGGAGAUCAAGCAGGGCCAGUCGCUGCUGGCCCUGGAGAAGCAGUGGCACGUCAGCUGCUUCAAGUGCCAAACGUGCGGGAUCAUCCUGACCGGCGAGUACAUCAGCAAGGAUGGCAUCCCGUACUGCGAGUCCGACUACCACGCCCAGUUCGGCAUCAAGUGCGAGACCUGUGACCGCUACAUCAGUGGCCGUGUGCUGGAGGCAGGAGGGAAGCACUACCACCCCACCUGUGCCAGAUGUGUGCGCUGCCACCAGAUGUUCACAGAGGGAGAGGAGAUGUACCUGACAGGCUCUGAAGUGUGGCACCCCAUCUGCAAGCAGGCAGCCAGAGCAGAGAAGAAGCUGAAGCACAGAAGAACGUCAGAAACCUCCAUCUCCCCCCCUGGCUCCAGCAUCGGCUCCCCAAACCGUGUCAUCUGCGACAUCUACGAGAGCUUUGACACGCGGCAGAGAAGAGCCUCCAGCCCUGGCUACAUCGACUCCCCCACCUACAGCCGCCAGGGCAUGUCCCCCACCAUCCCCAGGUCCCCACACCAUUUCUACCGCUCAGGCACCGAGAGCGGGCGCAGCUCCCCCUACUAUAGCCAGUUAGAUGUGAGGUCCUCCACUCCAACCUCAUACCAAGCGCCCAAGCAUUUCCACAUCCCAGCUGCUGGCGAGAGCAACAUCUACAGGAAGCCUCCCAUCUAUAAGCGCCACGACAACCCCUCUGCAGCCACGAAAAGCAAAACCAGCGAGGACAUCGCGCAGUCCUCCAAGUACAGCCCUGCCUACUCCCCCGAUCCCUACUACCACUCCGAGUCGGAAUACUGGUCCUUCCAAGGCUCUCCCAAAGCUCCCCGGGCCCGGAGGUUCUCGUCAGGGGGUGAGGAGGACGGGUACAACCGGGGCAUGCACAAGAUCCAGAGUGGCAUCGGGAGGUUGAUCCUGAGGGAGGAGAUGAAGGCUCGGUCCAACUCCUACGCAGACCCCUGGACACCCCCUCGCAGCUCGGCCAGCAGCAGAGAGGCGCUGCACACAGCGGGCUACGAGGGCUCCCUCAAUGGCUCUCCCCGAAGCCACUACCUGGCCGACAGCGAUCCCCUCAUUUCUAAGUCGGCCUCCCUUCCUGCCUACAGGAGGAAUGGGCUGCACAGGCCUCCCAGCGCGGAGCUUUUCCACUACGACAGCACCAACGCCGUCAACUGGGGGAUGCGAGAGUACAAGAUCUACCCCUACGAGCUGCUCCUGGUGAAGACCAGGGGGAGGAACCAGCUGCCCAAAGAUGUGGACAGGACUCGGUUAGAGAGACACCUGUCCCAGGAGGAAUUCUACCAGAUCUUUGGGAUGACCAUGGCCGAGUUCGACCGCCUGGCGCUGUGGAAGAGGAACGAGCUGAAGAAGCAGGCCCGGCUGUUUUAAAUGCAGUGCACUAUAAAUAUAUACAUACAUAUAAAUAUAUACAUAGAGAGAUCUCUA